AUGGACAUUCACUUUCUCUCUCUCUCUCUCUCUCUCUCUCUCUCUCUCUUUUCGAUCGCUCGAUCGAUCGGUUUUACGAUCAACCGUGCAAUUCCUCAAAUUUCUUCUGGUAUUCUGCUUGUUCUCGUUGGAAUUUCUUUUGUCUUUCUUGGUAUUUCUGCUUCAACAGCAAAUGUUGUCCCUGUUGGUGUUUUUGUCUUUCUUGAUAUCUCUGUUCCAACAGUAGUUGUUGUUCCUAAAGAACCUUUUUCAAACUAUCUUUUCUUUCUUUCUUUCUUUUUCUCUCUCACUCUUUUUCUUUCUCUUUCUCGUCUUUUCUCUUUUUCUAUUCCUCCCUCUCUUUCUGUUGCUCUCUCUCACACUCUUUCUCUCACACACACACACACUCUCUCUCUCUCUCUCUCUCUCUCUCUCUCUCUCUCUCACCUUGCAACUGUUUUCCCCAGUGAAGAUUUUAGCGCUGAAAAGGCCGCUGAAAAACUCCGGAAAGCCAUGAAAGGAAUUGGCACAGACGAAGCGGCCAUCAUUAAAGUUCUUGCCGGGCACAACAACGAGCAACGCCAGGAGAUUGAAAAAAUAUUCAAGACGAUGUAUGGCAAGGAUCUCCGUGAUGAUUUGAAAAGCGAAUUGAAAGGAAACUUUGAAGAUGUUGUCAUUGCACUUCUUGACCCUCCACGUGUUUACGACGCUCAUGAGCUGAAGAAUGCCAUGAAGGGUGCUGGUACUGAUGAAUCGGCGUUAAUUGAAAUCCUCUGCACAAGAUCUAACAGCCAGAUUGCCGAAAUCAAAUAUCACUAUAAAAGAUUGUUUGACAAAGAACUAGAAGAUGCCGUUUCUUCAGAAACCAGUGGACAUCUGAAACGUGUUCUCAUUUCACAGACACUUUGCAACCGAAGUGAGGAGUGGGAAAUCGAUCAUGACCUUGCCGAGAAAGAUGCUCAGGAUCUUUAUGAUGCCUUCUUUUUUAUCUUUCUCUUUUUCAGACAACUUUUCAUUCAUCUGUUCAUAUCUAUCUUUCUCGCCGCCUCCGUUUAUUCCUAUCUAUCUAUCUAUCUAUCUAUCUAUCUAUCUAUCUAUCUAUCUAUCGAAAUGUCCACCCAUUGUGAUGGAGUGGUGAGGGAAUGGGUUUCAAAAGUUUUCAAUAAUUCUUUCUUUCUUUUUCCUUCAUUAAUUAUUUUAUCUAUCUAUCUAUUUAUCUAUCUAUCUAUUCUGUUCAUAUCUAUCUAUCUAUCUAUCUAUCUAUGUGUCUUCAUUAUCUAUCUAUCCAUCUAUUUCACACAGUUAUUCAAGUCUGCAGGUGAAGGCCAGUUUGGCACGGACGAGUCUGAGUUCAACAAAGUCCUGUCCUUGAGAAGUUACCCACAACUGAGGGCGACUUUUCAGGCUUAUAACCGUAUUGCAGACAGAGACAUCAUGGAAUCCAUCCACCGCGAAAUGUCCGGAGAUCUGGAAAAGGCUUACCUGGCUAUCGUUAAAAGUGUGAAAGACGUCCAUACAUUCUUCGCCGAAUGCCUGUACAAAUCCAUGAAAGGUGUUGGCACGAAUGACUCCACCCUCAUCCGAGUAGUUGUUAGCAGGUGUGAGAUUGACAUGAUGCAAAUAAAAGACGCCUUUGAACGUGUCUACAACAAGGAGCUGGGUAAAUUCAUUAAGGGCGAUUGCAGUGAUUUAAAAGUAUGUGGGUCUCUCUCUCUCUUUCUCUCUCUCUCUCUCUCUCUCUCUCUCUGGCUUCUCUUAUAG